AUGGAGGUGCUGGCGGGGGACCCCAACCUGGAGGCCGAGGUGGUGCAGCACGGGCAGCGCUUCAGGCUCGACUUCUCAAAGGUGUACUGGAACUCGCGGCUAGAGGCGGAGCACACGCGCCUGGUGCAGCUGUUCGACCCGCAUGACAUCAUCGCUGACGUCAUGGCGGGCAUCGGGCCGUUUGCGGUGCCGGCAGGCAUGCGGGGCUGCACGGUCUAUGCAAAUGACCUCAACCCCAACAGCGCCCGCUACCUGGCGACCAACAUCCGCAUCAACCGCCUGGCCGGCCGCGUGCUGCCCUUCAAUAUGGACGGCCGCGAGUUUGUGCGGCUGCUGUGCGCCACGCCAGGCGGCGCGGCGGAGCGGCUGCGGGAGGCGGGCGGCGGGGACGCCGCAGACGGGCAGGCCGCAGACCAGCAGCAGCAGCAACAGCAGCAACAGCAGCAGCAACAGCAGCAACAGCAGCAGCAGCAGCAGCAGCAGCAGCAGCAGGAGCAGGCCGACCAGCCGGGCCAGCCGCGUUGCGCGCCCCGGCCGCCCAGAGCCGCCGCCGCCGCCGCGGCGGCAGACGGCCCGCCACCGCCGUCGCCGCCGGGCUGGGCGCCGCCGCGCGGGGGCGUGUUGUUCCAGCACGCGGUGAUGAACCUGCCGGCGUCGGCUGUGGAGUUCCUUGACGCUUUCAGGGGUGCCUUUGACCCCGAAACCUGGCGGGGGCGGCUGCCCAUGGUGCACUGCUACACCUUCAUGAAGGGCGAGGGGGAGGCAGGUGUCAUCGCGCGCGUCGAGGCUGCGCUCGGCGGCCCACUGGACGCGCCGCCGUCGAUCCACAACGUGCGGGACGUGGCCCCCAACAAGCUGAUGCUGUGCGUCAGCUUCAGGGUGCCCGAGGCCGUCGCGUUCGCCGGCAGGGAGGGCGGCGGCGGCAGCGGCAGCGGCGCGACAGAGCAGCAGGGGGCGGGCGCCGCGGCGGGCGGGGAUCAGCAGGGGGAGCAGCAGCAGGCAAAGAAGCAGCGGGUAGAUCUUUGA